GUAACAAUGAACUCCAUCUUCAUUUGGGGUGCUAGUGAUGAACUUUCAAUCAUGUUUUAUUUCUACUGAUGUAUUAUUUAUAUUCUAGUAUUUUUUUCCACAUGCUCAGGCUUUCAAUUGAGCAAGUAUGGAUUGGAAACUGAUUGGUUUUCUCCUUGUUUUACUCUUAUUGACGAGAAGUGGCUAUGUAGAUUCGGUAGGUGACAGGGACUACCCUGAUGCAGAUAUACCAGGCCCAUGUCAAGGUACCCCUUGUACUUGUAUUUUCACAAAGGAACAAUGGACCAUUGACUGCUCUUGGAGAGAACUGGAUGCAAUACCUAAAUUCAACAUAAACUCUUCAUUCAAUAUUGUAGAGAUUAACCUCUCAGGUGGGUUCUUGACAAAAGUUGAUGAUUAUGCAUUCAAAGGGAUCACCACUCUUAAAGGUCUCAAUUUCAACCAUAAUAACAUCAAUGAUCUUCAACCUUAUGCUUUUUCUGGUGUGGAAGAAACGCUUCAAGAUUUGGAUUUGAGCCACAACUUGCUCUCAAAUGUAAGUGCUCUGCAGGGAUUGAGAAAUAUCAAGUGGCUUUCACUGCGGACAAACAGACUUACCACAACAGGUGCAGAUGUAUUUCACCUUCUUGGGCAAAGGUUGGCAGUGCUGGACCUUUCACAAAACAAACUGGAGAGAUUUCCCCAGUCCUUGAAAUACCUUGAUCAACUUCAAACUCUUCUCCUUAAUUGGAACAAAUUGGAGGUCAUAGAUAAGGAAGUUCUGAAUGGCAUGAAGAAUUUGGAAAACUUGGAAAUUGCAGAGAACAAACUGAAAACACUUCCAGCACAAACCUUCAAAACGUUAGAUCUAUUGUUCCGACUUUCAGUGUCAGGGAAUGAAAUUGAAGAAAUUUCCCCACAAGCAUUCUAUGGAUUGGAUUAUAACCUAAGGCAGAUUGAUUUAAGUUUCAACCACCUGAAAAGACUUCAAUUUUGUGCCUUUAGAGGGCUGCAGCUUUUGGAAGUUCUGGCCCUGAAUGGUAACCCAUUUAUAUGCGACUGUCAACUAAUAUGGUAUCGUAAUGCACGACUGCCACAUGCACCAUUCCCUGCAGCAACAUGCGCUGAACCUAAUGAAUACAGUGGACUUCUUAUCAAUAGCUUCCCACAUGAUGACUGUUCUAUACAGGACAUGUAUUUGUGGGGCAUGCCUUGCACUGAGAAGGGUUCCUUACCCAUUGGAUCCACAUCACAAGUUACCUCUCGCCCCACUGGCUCUCUGGGUGGCCCUACUGGUGAUACAAAGGUGACAAUAAGUCCUUUAAUGUCAUCAUCAGGCAGCUUCAGCCUUCUCAGCCUUGUUUACAUUGCCUUAGCAAUUGCAGUGCUUUCAGUUUUUUUCACCAUAGUGUUUGCUGUUGUGGUCUGUAGGCGCUUGAAAAAGUGUUCAGCAACUCUCAAGGCCCAUGCCAAGAGAUUGGAAAUGCCAUCAAACAAAGGCGCCCAUGUGCAUUUUAAUGCUGCCGCCUGUGAGAGCACAAUAGAAAUCAAUGCUCUGGAGGGGUAUGAACAAGUGAGGGAUGAGGGCUAUAAUUAUAUUAACCCUUACGGUCCUACUUAUGAAACAAUUCCUAUUGCAAAUACAUUCACAAAUCGCAUGAAUUCAUUCACAAAUCAUAAUCAUGCAACUUGAGAGGAGACUUGUAAAAGAGAAUGGGCCUUUUUAAUCUUUUUACUGUAAAAACU